AUGCCGUUGAGAGCUAAGAUCCUCAACCCUGCUGUUGGUGCUGGUCAAGCAAGGAUGGUUACGCAAGCGACGAUGCCGAUUGUUACGAUUGAGGAGGAGAAGCAGGAUGACGUCCUUUUCAAUACUCUUUAUGGCGCCCGAACGAUCGAGCUCAACCGGCCUGCAAAAUUGAAUUCCUUGAACAGUUCGAUGGCAAGAAAGAUUACACUGAGGCUGAAGGAAUGGGAAAAAUCGCAGCUGGCAAAUGUCAUUGUCAUCAAGGGUGCCGGACACAAAGCAUUUUGCGCCGGCGGAGAUGUUGCGACGCUUGCGAAGCAGAACACCGAAGGUCCUCAUGGACAAGCCCACUCGACCGAAUACUUUGGCCACGAAUACAGGCUCGAUCAUAUUAUUGCUACGUAUUCUAAGCCUUAUGUUGCCUUUAUGGAUGGCGUCACAAUGGGAGGUGGUGUUGGAUUGAGCGUACACGCGCCUUUCAGAAUAGCCACUGAGAGAACACUUUUUGCCAUGCCCGAAACCACCAUCGGCUUCUUCCCGGACGUUGGUGGCAGUUUUUUUCUGCCUAGACUGGACGGCGAGAUUGGAACAUAUCUCGCCCUCACCAGCGAGCGCCUUACUGGUGUCAAUGCUUACUAUGCUGGCAUUGCAACUCACUACGUUCACUCCUCGUCUCUCCCCGACCUCGAAGCGCGUUUGGCGGAGCUGGUGUUCAAGGACUACGCUUCGCUCCAGGAACGUCUUCGCAUCUUGAACACCACUAUCGAAGAAUAUGUCACCGGCCUCCCCUACGACGAGCCGAUGAAACUUGCAAGCGCUACUCGGGCAGCCAUUGACCGAUGCUUCAGAUAUGACACGAUGGAGGAAAUCCUCGCCGCUCUGCAGGAGGAAAAUACGGAAUGGGCGCAAAAGACCAUCGAGACGUUACACCAACGGUCGCCAACGUCUGUUCGGGUUGCCCUGCGACAAAUGCGAUUGGGUCGGCAAUGGAGCAUCGCAGAGGCCUUUCAGCGCGAGUACCACAUUGCCGCCAAAUUCAUGGAGCAUCCCGACUUUGUCGAAGGGGUUUCGGCUCGUUUGAUCCGGAAGCCAGCGGAUACUCCCCAGUGGCAGCCUGCCUCUUUGGAGGAAAGCACCAUGGAGGCCACCAAUGCCUUUUUUGAGGUUGAAGGUGCUGAUCGUCUGGCGCUUUUGAGCCCGCACGACUUUUCCGAGUAUCCCCACAGCUGGAUUGGUUUACCGCCCGAGUCGGAGGUUGAGAAGCUCGUUCGUGACGGUGACAAGACGAGAAACCAGAUUCUCGAGCACUUGAUCCUGGCAAGCAACGGGAAGAUUGGCGUGCAGGAGAAGGUACAGGAGAUAUUGGAACGGAAGACAAGCGCUGACGGUGCCGGCGGUCGCGUCAGCUGGAUUCCUGAAGAGAAUUAA